AUGCCGUUGCUCAAGGGUGCUCGCCAAGGCGCUCUGGGAGCCAUUGACACGGGAGGCUGGAUACCAAGGCGGCCGCAGCUGCUGCCGCUGCGCUCCACGCCCGAGCCGCCAGCCCGGUGCCGCCAUCGCGCGGCAGGCCGGCACUUCCAGACGUCCAGCUCGGCGGGCUCGGCGGGCUCGUGCAAGAGCGACGGCGCCCAAGCCCCGACGGCAGACCCGGACGUCGAGACCACGCUUCCCGAGCAGCUCCGCUCCGUGCUGCGGUGUCUCACCAACCCCAUCGUCGUGUGCACCGCGACGCACGACGGCACGCCCCGCGCCAUGACCAUGUCGUCCUUCACCUCGCUGACGCUCUCGCCGACGCCGCUCGUCUCCUUCAACAUUGCCACGCCGAGCCGGACGCUCGACGCCAUAGCGGCCAGUCGGGAGUUCAACAUCCACGUGCUGGCGGGCGACGCGAGCGGCGCCGCCGUGGCGGACCACUUCGCCCGGGGGAAUGCGGACGGGGUGUUUGCUACCAUGGAGGGGGCGACGUACACGGCGGGCGGGCGCGGGGGCCGCGAUGCGGCGCCGCUGAUUGCGGGCGAAGGCAUCCUGCGGGUUCUUCGGUGCACCUUGCUGAGGGAGGGCGCCAUGGAGGGCCUGGUGCGCGUGAGGGAUCACGUAGUCGUCGUGGGGGAGGUGCUGGGCAUGACGGCGGGCGCUGGGGCGAACAAGUUUGGCCUGGCGUACGCGGACAGGAGGUACAGGCGGGUUGGGGGGGUUAUCGAGCCCGGACGGUGGUGA